AUGCCUUCAGCCAGCCUGAAGUAUAAGAACACGUCACCAACUUAUGCCGGUCUGAACCGGGCAUGCCUCGAGGUUCUGGAAUAUCUACCAGUGAAGCAUCUUCCCAGCAGUGAGCCUGACCCUCAUGUCGUGAGAGUCGGGUGGUCUCUGGAUUCCUGCAGCACACAGCUUGGAGAGGAGGCAGUCUCUUAUGGGUAUGGCGGAACAGGGAAAAAGUCUACCUGUUGCAAAUUUGAAGAUUACGGAGAGAAAUUUGGUGAAAGUGAUGUCAUUGGAUGUUAUAUUGACUUUGACAGUCAUGAGCAGGUGGAAAUGGCUUUCUCAAAGAACGGGAAGUGGCUUGAUGUGGCAUUUCACGUAUCUAAAGAAGAACUGGCUGGUCGUGCACUGUAUCCUCACAUCCUGGUGAAGAACUGCUCUGUUGGGUUUAACUUCGGGCAACGAGCGGAUCCGUUCUUUCCUUUGCAAGAUGGUUACACAUUCAUCGGGGCUGUCAACAUAGAGAACAGGGUCAGAGGAACUGUUGGUCCCACCAACAAAUCUGAUUGUGAGGUAAAUUCUCCUGAUUAGCUCCGUACAGGUAGU